GGACCUUAGCCGAUAAUCUGGGCUGUUUCCCUCACGUCCAUGGAGCUUAUCCCCCACAGACUGACUACCAGAUAAUAGACAAUGUCCUACAACUAUAUCGGGGAGAACCAGCUAUCUCUAGGUUCGAUAGGCAUUUCACCACUAACCACAAGUCAUCCGAGGUCAUUUCAACGAACACCGGUUCGGCCCUCCAUGAGGUUUCAUCCUCACUUCAGCCUGCUCAUGGUUAG